AAAACAGUACCGUUCUCACAUCAACAGACACAUUUACUUUAGGAAAUGGGUACUUAUAGACGAAUAGACUGUAUAUUUUUUAGUGAAUUUCAUCCAACGUUAGGACCAAAGAUCACAUAUCAGGUCCCGGAGGAGUAUAUUUCAAGGGAACUCUUUGAUACUGUGCAGGUGUACAUCAUUACCAAACCUGAACUGCAGAACAAACUUAUAACAGUGACUGCCAUGGAGAAGAAACUAAUUGGCUGUCCAGUAUGCAUUGAGCAUAAGAAGUACAGCAGGAAUGCCUUGCUCUUCAAUUUGGGUUUAGUCUGUGAUGCCAGUACAAAAACAUCUGCUUUAGAGCCCAUUGUCAAAAAGCUGUCUGGAUACCUCACGACUCUUGAGCUUGAAAGUGGAUUCAUUUCAAAUGAGGAGAGUAAACAGAAGCUGUUGCCUAUCAUGUCCACACUUCUGGAGGAUCUUAAUAUUACAGGAGCCUGCACCCUCCCUAUUGAUGACUCCAACACCAUCCACUUGAAGCUAAUUGAACAAAGGAAAGACCCUCUGGUUGUUCAGGAGUAUGAUGUACCGGUAUUUACCAAGAAUAAGGACCACUUUAUUAAGUCACAAUGGGAUCUUACCACACAGCAGAUCUUACCCUUUGUGGAUGGCUAUCGACACAUUCAAAAGAUCUCUGCUGAGGCUGAUGUUGAACUUAAUUUGGUACGGAUUGCUGUUCAGAAUUUAUUGUAUUAUGACGUGGUAACUCUGGUAUCCAUAUUCCAGUACUCAAAUGUUUACUGCACAACACCUAAAGUGCAAAACUUAAUUGAUAAGAAGUGUCUUCAGGAAGAGUGUCUACAUUAUGUCAGUAAGCCAGGGCAGAGGACUAGUCUCAGAGAUGUGUUCCAGUUGUACUGUGGUUUGACCCCAGGUACGACUGUACGUGACCUCUGUUCGCGCUAUUCUCACCAGCUACAAAAAGUGGACGACAGGAAGUUGAUUCAAUUUGGCUUGAUGAAAGGUCUGAUUCGGCGCCUACAGAAGUAUCCAGUCAAGGUUGUUAGAGAUGAAAGAAGUCGUCCACCUAGACUUUACACUGGCUGCCAUAGUUAUGAUGAAAUCUGUUGCAAAACUGGAAUGAGUUACAGAGAGCUGGAUGAGCGGUUGGAGAAUGACCCUAACAUUGUUGUUUGCUGGAAAUAAUUGAAUAAGUGUCAAACAAGAAAAACAGACCCAGGUGCUUUUGCUUCUAAUGAACUCCUAUGAACAAAAAAAAAUUAAAGCUUGCUGAACAUCUCAGAUUUAAAGUUACAAAGGCUAUUUUGUAAAAUGUGUGCUCUACAAUUUAAUAAAACACUCAACAAUUAUAAAAUA